ACAGCUUACAAAACAACAAAUAGAACUCCGUGAAGCUUUUCGGCUCUUUGACAAAGAUGGUGACGGCUCCAUUUCUACAGAAGAACUCGGGACAGUCAUGCGCAACCUGGGACAGUUCCCUUCCAUGGACGAACUGAACCAGAUGCUUAAGGAAAUUGACAUCGACGGCGAUGGCUCUUUUUCAUUUGAAGAGUUUGUCCAGGUCAUGGCGAAUGUAGGUGGGAUCAGUGAAAACAGUGAACAGAAUGAGGAAGAAGAACUUAGGCAAGCUUUUAGGGUGUUUGACAAGUCCGGAUGUGGAUACAUUACACCGUCUGACCUCAGAGCUGUGCUACAGUGUAUGGGCGAGGAACUGACAGAGGAAGAAAUUGACGAGAUGAUCGCAGAGGUUGACAUCGACGGAGAUGGCAGGAUUGAUUUCGAAGAGUUCAUUACCUGCAUGAGAAGUGACGAUGAAGAGGAUGAUGACGACAAUGAUGAUGGCACAGAAACCGAGUUGGAAGGUAACGACGAGGACGACGAGGAGGAGAAAAGAAACGACUCUCCUAGUAUCUAA